AUGGCAUUGGAAUGCAUGCCAAUAUACGCUUUCUGGGAAAGCUUUGACCCUGUCAAUCCCAUGGAUCCAUCCACCUAUAUAUGCCGCGUUGACCAGUAUAAACUCAGUAUUGGGGCCGGCGUUUCUAACAUUUUUAUUGAUCUUUUCCUUCUCCUUCUUCCCCUUGCGUAUAUCUGGAAGCUUCGUCUGAGUUUAGCGCAGAAACUAGCCGUUACCUGCACCUUUGUCGGGGGGUUUUUGUAA